GGCCAGCCUUUGUGGCAUCCACACGACUAGUUCAAAUCCGACAGGGGGCUCAGAGCGCCGAGCCCAAACUAAUGUGGGUAUUGACCUACUCUGGGCGCAAGUAAACAAUGCACUGCCCCAAUCCAGUGGCAUAGUGCGAAUCGAGCGAGUUUCCGGACCUCGGAGGUCAUCUCUUCUCGUUUAUCGGCAGUCAUAAACUUUGGUUCAGAAGCAUAACAACUAAGGUAACUCACGUGCGACACAUCGUGGCAACAUGGAGAAGUCGUUUCCUAUAACACCCUGGAAGUACGGCCUACUGGUCACUUGCAUUCUUAUUGUGACAUGUAAUGUGUUCUUCUUCUCCUGCGGCGUGACCACCUGGGGUUCGGCUGUCUCCGUCUACGGCAGUUAUGGGUCUGCCCUUUGCGGAGGAGCAGUCUUCGGAGUCGCCUUCCUGGGCAUGUACGUGGCUUUGAAGGUGUCGUACAAGUACUCCAUAUAUUACCUAAUUUUCAGUGGCCUGGUAAUAGCCGCACUGGGCUCCUACCUUUUCACCUUCACGGCGAUGCGGGAACAGCUGAUGGGCAGGUUCGAGGAGCGCAUGCGCGACCUCUUUGAGCGGAAGACCCACAGCGACGACAAGAUGCAGCCGGUGCACAGUCUGUUCGGCUGCUGCGGAAUCGAGGGACCGCAGGACUACCUCAAGGAGGAGCACGGCGCUCUGCCCAGCAGUUGCUGCUACGCCUUUGACUGCUCCAAGCCGGCUCACGUCUACGAGGAGGGCUGCUCCACCAAGGCAGUCGCCAAUCUGAGGAUGCAGGCGGAGCUUAACUACUACAGCUGCAUGGCGAUCAUUGCCCUCGAGUUCUUGGGAUUGUUCACCGCUUACCAUUUGGGCAAGGCUCGCAAGUAUGCCAAAACCAAGAUAAAGGACGAAGAGACCCCCAUCAACGACUGAUGGCCGAGGGGACACCCCUCUAUAAUUAUUGAUAAUAAACAGUAACCACAUUAUCUAAAAUGCCAUUAGAAAAUAAAUACUUUCCAUAGUCUAAA